AUGGCGGCGGCGGCGGAGGGCUCCUAUCCGGCGCCCCUGGGGCCGCGGCAGGCGCUGCGAUGCCUCUUGGCGCUGCUGGCGAUGGCGGCGCCGCCGGCCGGAGCGCGACUAUACCAAGCCGGCGUGGACCCGGUGUGGGUGCUGGAGGGCGGCGCGGUGCGUGAGGCGCUGCGGGACUCGGCCUCGGCCUGGCUGGUGCAGUUCUACUCCUCGUCCUGCGGGCACUGCGUGGCUUUCGCGCCCACCUGGCGCGCCUUGGCGGGAGACGUCCACGAGUGGGAUCCAGCAAUCAGGAUUGGCGUGCUGGAUUGUGGAGAUGAGAAAAAUUACGAACCGUGCAAAGAGUAUGGAAUUCAGUAUUAUCCCACUUUCAGGUAUUUCAAAGCGUUUACCAAGCAGUUUACAGUUGGAGAAAAUCAUCACGCAACCUCAGAUCGGGAUCUUCAGACCAUCCGCCAAACCAUGAUUGAUUUUCUCCAGAACCAUUCCCGAGAAGCAAAACCACCAGCGUGUCCCACUUUGGAGCCAACUCUGCCAGAAGAAGUAUUUUCCCUUUUCAAUAAACACAGUCAGCAUUAUACUGCCAUCAUUUUUGAAAGCGGGAGCUCCUAUCUAGGCCGAGAGGUAAUCUUGGACCUGGGUCAGUAUGAAAACAUGGCUAUCAAACGGGUUCUAAAUUCUGAGACCGCUUUACUUGAAAAACUUGGUAUUACUUCGGUCCCUUCGUUGUACCUGGUUUAUCCCAAUGGAUCCCAUGGAUUAAUUAACAAUUUGAAGCCUCUUCGGUCUUUCUUUUCUUCCCAUUUAAAGUCACUGCCGGGAGUUAGAAGGAAACUCACUUCCCCACUCCCACUUCUCCAGCAAAAGAGGCCAGGAAACACAGACGUCAAGGAAUGGAAAGAGUUCGACCAGUCCAAAUUAUACAUGGCUGACCUUGAAUCUGGGCUGCAUUAUUUGUUCAGGGUGGAACUUGCCACCCACAAAACCCUAGAAGGCCCUGAGCUGAGGACCUUGAAAGACACCGUUCUUCUCCUGGCCAAGGUGAACCCUCUCCGCCUUCUCGUUGGGUUUUUGCAGCCUGCGGUAAAUCACGCUGAGCAGGGACUCUUCUUAAGCUCCAGGACUCGCCUAAUAAAAUGGAGGUCUGAUGAAUUUAUGGGGAAGGAGAAGACGAGAUUCCUGUUUGGAGGCCAAAUGGCCCAUUCAGAAAGCCUGACAGGCGAUUUGAGCGAAGACCCCCAGUUCCCCAAAGUGCAGUGGCCCACCCUGGCCCUUUGCCCCGCGUGCCACAAGACGACCCAAGGGCCCGCUGCCUGGGACAAGACGCAGGUGCUCCAGUUCCUGAAACAGCAUUAUGGCAGCCACAACCUCGUCCACACCUACCUCGAAGAAGCCGACAACGCCGAAGGACAAGAGACACAAGAUGGAGGAGAAGGAUUUCCAAAGGAAGCCGCUCCGGAGGCCAACAAGGGCCGAGAUCCACAAGAGUCCUUGGGCUCCAAGUCCAAAGGCUUGGACCACGGGAGAGCCAAGGAGGACUCCGUGAUCGAUCCAGGGAAAAGGCCGGGUGGCUCAGUGGUAGAGCAGGAAAGGAAGCAGGCGGUGUCGUUCCUGGGAGUGGGCUUCUCCAGUAUCGACAUGAGCCUCUGCGUCGUCCUCUACGUAGCGUCGUCUUUAUUUUUAAUGAUCAUGUUCUUUUUCUUCCGCGUGAGAUCCAGGCGCUGGAAAGUGAGACACAACCGUCCCCACGUAUAACGGAUCCAUCGGAAAUCAUGUUUCAGCCUGGAAACGGCUCUCUCCUGCUCGCCUGCCACUCGGGUAGCAGGGAAUCAGGGAUUUUUUCUCUCUCUCUCUUUUUUACAGCGCAAUGUUUUAAAUUUCACGAGACCGUGCCAUUGUUCCUCAUUCACUGUUGAACUGCUUCUCUGCUGUUGGACACUUUGAAUUUGGAACGGUGUAGAAAAAGGUGUUUUUUUCUGAAGAAAUUAAAACGGUUCCGGUGAUGUUUUUCCUGGGGUUAC